AUGGCUGCUUGCUGUGUUGAGGGAGCUAUGGGCAGUGCCUUCGUGCCUUCGUACAUCUCAACCUCCCAAGAUUCCAGUCUGGCUCGGAGUAACAAAAAGCUCAAAAGGAGGGUCAGUGACGUCCUUUGGAAUCCAGCCAUGUUUCAUGGUGGGUAUGGAGCUGGAAAGCUGGGAGCUGAGCAGCAUUUGGCGCUUGCCAGUGACAUGAUGGGGUUCCGCCGGGGCCACUUAUCCAUCAAGCUCUGCCUAGACGCUUCUGCCGAUAGCUUAUUUCAACGCGCCAGUAUUCUCGCAAGAAAUCUCGGCCGCUCGCCGGACCACAGUCCAGGGUCUGGCCGCGGAUUGUCCUGGUGCCGUGAUGAGGACCUCGCAAGGCAUGUCGAUAUCCUGCCGGGAGCUGCGAUCCUGCUACAUAGCAGCGUCCGAAGCGAGCAGCGAGACCUGGCAGCUGCAGAGAAAUGA